UGGGGAACCCCCGUCGGAUUUCUUCUCCCCCCCCCCCGACCAUCCACCUGGCACCCCAACUAUGGCCACCUCCAAUGGCCCGCCGCGCCCGUCGUUCAACAACGCGGAUCUCCCGGAAACGCGGGAUCAACUGCUCGAUCACGAUGCCACUCUGAUGCUGACCGACUCGGUCUCCCUCACCCUGAGCGCCGACUCCAUCCUCAUCGUUGACGAACGUUCCAUGCGCAAAUCCGAGCGAGGAUGUUGCGGCCUCUCCAACAAACCAGGUAAUUUCCCGGACUGGGCUCCGAAACCGCGCUGCGACCACGACCUGACUGUGCACGGUUUGUUCUCAUCCACAGCCAAGUCCACCCACUCCAUUGCCCUCUACAACGUCCUGGACGCCGAUCUCUCCCCGGAAGGCCUGACCAUCACCUACGCCGACCACGCCUCCAAGCACGAUGUCUCUGUCACGGCCGUGCGCUACCCCUUCGCCGCCGAAGACCGACCCGCCGUCGAGUCCUGGACCAACCUGCUCCUCGACGCCGCGUACGGCUCCGCGAAGCGCUACAAACGACUCAAGGUCCUGGUCAACCCGUUCGGCGGUCAGGGCCACGCCGUCAAAUUGUACUCGACGUAUGCGGCGCCGGUCUUCGCCGCCGCGCGCUGCCAGGUCGACGUGCAGGAAACGACGCACGGAGGCCACGCGACUGAGAUUGUGGAGCAACUCGACAUCAACGCCUACGAUGCCAUCGUGUGUUGCUCCGGCGACGGUCUGCCGUAUGAAGUCUUCAACGGUCUCGCGAAGAAACCCAAUGCCUCGGAGGCGUUGGCCAAGCUAGCCGUCGCCAUGGUGCCAUGCGGAUCCGGGAACGCCAUGGCGUGGAAUCUCUGCGGGACAGGGAGCGUCUCGGUCUCGGCGCUGACCAUCGUGAAGGGCGUCCGGACGCCCAUGGACCUGGUCUCCAUCACACAGGGGAUGACCCGCACAUUCUCCUUCCUCUCCCAGGCCUUCGGCAUCAUCGCCGAAUCCGACCUCGGCACCGACGACAUCCGCUGGAUGGGUGCCCACCGGUUCACAUACGGCUUCCUCAAGCGCAUCAUGCACGGCGCCGUCUACCCAUGCGAUCUAGCCGUCAAGGUCGUAAUCGACGAUAAACAAGCGAUCAAGGACCACUUCAACGCCUACGCGCAGAGCGGACCUCCCAUCGAUAAUCCCGCUGACCGCGUCGGCGGCCUACCCGAGCUCGCAUACGGCACCGUCCUCGACGAGCUGCCCAAAGACUGGGAGGUCAUCCCCGCCGAAACGCUCGGCAACUUCUACGCCGGCAAGAUGGCCGUCGUCUCCAAGGACACGAACUUCUUUCCCGCCUCCCUUCCCAACGAUGGUUUGAUGGACAUCGUCACCAUCGACGGCACCCUCAGCCGUCUGACCACCCUCAAGAUGAUGACGGAGGUCCCCGAGGGCGGGUUCUUCGAUAUGCCCGACGUUAAGAUCCGCAAGGCCCUCGCGUACCGUCUCGUCCCUCGGGAGAAGGAGGGAUAUAUCAGUAUCGAUGGUGAACGCGUCCCCUUUGAGGCUUUCCAGGCGGAGGUCCAUAAGGGGCUGGGCACGGUUCUUUCGAAAUCGGGCCAUCUCUAUGAGGCGGAUGGUCCGAGACCUUAAAUCAUUCAUUGUUAUAGAUGCUGAUGCUGGCAAUCAUCGAAAGGGGAUAGAUGGUCUGAUGAGUUUUUUUUUUGGAUGUUGCUGUUGUUUCCUUUUCCCAUUCGCUCCGCUCCCUUCCAGUCUUCGCACUCUGUCAUGAUACCCUGGCGCAAGACUUUGGACUAUAGUAUACAGAAUUGGCUUGGUUUGUUGUUGUUGCUGUUGCUGUUGCUUUCAUUUCAGUGAUUUUUUUUUCUUUCUUCCUUUCUUUUUUUCUGUCUUGUAUAGUUGGUUUUUUGGUAGACCGGCUUGCAUGCAAGCAUGUACACACCCACAUACACACACCUGGUGACUAGCCAGCCAGCGCAUAGAGUC